AUAAUGUAGCAAGCUUUGCAAAAAACAAGACCAUUUAUGAUCACCUUGAAGGGUGUGACUCCGAGGAACAACAGGAGUUGUGUGGUAAAGAGAUCAAACGAAUGAUGACCUAUUAUGAUAAGCUCUCUGAAGACUUAAUUAAAAAAGACUCUGUUGUGCAUAUUUACAUUGUUCUCCAACAAGAAAGAAAAUACUGUGGCAUGCGUUCCUUUGCUGAGAUCCGUAAACCAGAUUCUAGUAAGAGAUUCGGGUUCACACGAGAUGUUGAAGUCAUAGCAUCCAAUGAAACCAGAGAAGGGGAUAUGAAUAGUAAUGAUAAACCAAGUGAUAUCUUACCAAUGGCAUUGCUUACUUUCUCUGAUACCCUUGAAUCCAUCGAAACCAAUCCUCUUUUAGAAAGAUACAGAGAAACAAAUAUUACUGGCAAGAAUGGUGGAGAAUUAAAAUACACUGAUACUAUAGAAAACAUACAUGCUCAACUCAAAAAACAUGUUAGUGUGAUCAAAGGUGAUAUUGAUUUUUAUGAGCAGAAAAACGAUAUUGAUAAAGCCACAUUAGCAUUUUUCAAGGAACGUUAUGCAUUUGUAUCUGAUCUAGCAUGGCUCAGUAAUCAUAAAAAAACAAAAAAAUAUACCAAAAAAUCAUUGGUUGGAACCAAUAUCAGCACUUUUGUUAGUAAUCGACCAUCUAAACAUAUCAGGGAAAUUGUAGAUAUUGAAAAUGAAAAAGAG